ACGGGAAAUUGAAUAAACCCGAUGACGUCAUUGGUGGGCGCCUCUACUGGCCUGCGAAAUGGGAUCGACUCGUUAGCCUUGAUUUCUUCAAUUGUCCCUCUGCAUAUCAACCCCCCCCCAAAAGAAAAGCCUGAUCGCGAUGACAUUUAGAGGUGAGUGGGGAGACGAGGUCAGCCAUGUAAUUUCAGAACUGGUUCCUGGGCGAGCUGACUGGCUUGCAAGUUUCAGUUCUUGUGCAGUGCAGUAAAGCUACUUGCUUGGUCAGAGGAUUGCAAUGAAACCAGUUCAGGAGCGUAACCAGGAGUGCCUGCCUCCUAAGAAGAGGGACCUCCCAAUCACCAACAACAGUGGAAGCGGAGGUGCAGUGGGGUGUGGCGCUAUGGGAGGAGGAAGUGGCGGCGGCGGCGGCGGCGGCAGUGGUGUUGCUGGUAGUGUUGGAGAAGAAGAAGUUUCCAUUCCAAACUCUGCAGCCAACAAUGAUACUCAGGGAGGGACCCCGUCUGGAGAAUGGCUACGAGCUCAGCCAGGGCUUCACUAUGGAGUGGAUAAUUCUGAUGGCAUACCAGCAGUGCCUGUGGACCAGUACAGUAUGCUCUACAAAGUGGCUGUUCCAUCUGUUACCUAUUCAUCUACCAGUCUCCACCCAGUGUUAAGCCACAUCUCUCCAGCCUACACUGUCCACUCUCCUCUUCUGCAGCAUCCGGGCCUUCCCUAUCCUUCUCUGAGUUAUGCCCAGAUUCCUCAUUCCUCUCUGCAGUUUGUGAGUUCCCCAUAUCCAGCAGUACCUUAUGCUCUUCCCCCUGGCUUUGUCCCGGGAUCAUUACUCUCUCCCUCAGGCACCAUUCCUCAGUCCCAUGCAGUGUCCCACCUUGUUCCCUAUCCAUCUGUCAUACAGGAGGGAGUUGUUUCCCCGCCUCCCCAGGCCCAAGUAGCCGCUCAUACAUUUGCCAAAGUUGCAGCCCCUGGCGGUGUUUCACUCAUGCUGCCUUCAGAGCAAGCUGCCCAGCAACACCUCAGCAGUAUAGGAGUCCUGCCUGCAGCAGAGCUCAGUUCUCGAGGAAUGCCGCUGUUCUACCAUCCACAGGGUGCCAGGCCGGCCUCUGCCACUAGAGACCCCCAUGGUGCCCAGCAGGUGAAUGAGGCAGAGAUGAAUGGAGGGGAUAAGGACCAGGGCACCAGAGAGGCUGUACAAGACCUGGCUUACACUGCAAGGAAUGCACGUCUGUCCCAGGUGGCACCCAGCUCCACAGCCCAUGAUCACAACCAAGAACAAGGUCUGCAGAACCGGAGGCGGGAGGAGAGGGGCUCACCCGGCCAGCGCAGCACUCCAGACAGUGACUUGGAGGUACAGCAGGUGGUUGGACGUUUGGCUUCCUCUGCACAAGGUGCUAGUGGGGUGCGGAAAGAAGUCUCCUUCGCUCCCUUGAACCUCUCUCAGGGUGCCCAGAGAAGCAGAGAUGUUCAUGGAGAAACCACAGGUGUCAUUUCUGGCCGGACAGUGUACACUGCCCAGCCCUCAAGUUACACUGACCCCAGGCUGACCAGUCUCCAGCAGCAACCGGAACAGCCAGGCCACGCUGUCGUUCUUGCCAGUGGGCAGCAAGUUCUUAUUCCGCUGGAAUAUCACCUGCAGCAUCAGCCGCAACCACCGCAGCAACACUACCCAGGGCAGGUGAACGAUGCCAAGCAUGCGUCAACCACCAUGGCCUCCUCCAACCCAAGCUUUAAAGCCUCUGAAUCUUCAGCCACAGCGUGCCUCCCCGAAAGAGCGGAGCAGAGCACAGGUCCCCAGCAGCCCCCUGUGCAGCCCAUGGGAGUUGUGACUCAGGCCUUGGCUGCAAGCCUCCCUUCAACCCCAGCUCCCUGCAACCCAUCGCACUUCAUGAAGGGAGCCAUUAUACAGCUAGCUACUGGAGAGCUGAAACGUGUGGAGGACCUGCAGACUCAGGACUUUGUGCGGAGCGCAGAGGUGAGUGGGGGGCUUAAAAUUGACUCGAGCAUGGUGGUGGAUAUCCGUGCCAGCCAGCAGAGACCCGGUCUCAUGUCCCUUCACUUCACCGUGGGGGAGCAACAGAGCAAAGUGACAAUCGAUGUGCCCCCGGAGCACCCCUUUUUUGUGUUUGGUCAGGGCUGGUCGUCGUGUAGCCCAGAACGUACAGCCCAGCUCUACGGUCUGGCGUGUCAUCAUCUGCAAGUGGGGGACGUGUGUGUGUCCAUAACUUUACAGCAGCAGCUUCAGCCACAGCAGCAGAAACAACCACAGCACCAUCACUCGCAGCAGCAACAGCAACAGAACCUGUCCAGGACUUUGGGCAAAACUAACGCUACUUCAGGACCUGGUCACCAGCUCAUGGGGCCUCCUGCCCCCCAGCAGUCACGGCCUCAGUCUCAUUUUAGGAUAGACCGCAGAGAGCGACAGAGGGAUGGAGAGAAAGAAGGAGUCAAUAAGGAAGAAGCCACACAUUUGGGGAUAGUAGGGCAUACAGAGUCACCGGUCAGACCAAGUAGGACCUCAGCAGAGCAUCCACUAAACCAGAGCAGUUACCUUAUGCACACAGAGGGCUCUGCUUUUGUGGGAGCCGGGGUGGGAGCGGUGCAAGCUGCACUAGGUGCUACUCAGAGGCGCUGGUCCUCACCCGGCGUCCAGAGAUACAGUAUGAAGGGAGAGGAAGGGCCGCGCCCUCAGAUCAGCACCUCCGGCCACACAAGGCCUUCGUUCAUACCCCAGGAAGUAAAACUAUCCAUCGAGGGGCGUUCUAACGCUGGGAAGUAGCAUCACAUUCGGUAGCAACAAGAGACUGCCACGAGGAGCGAAGAAGUAAAAUAAAUAGUGCGAAUGUAGCCUCAGAAUGUGAGAGAUUUUUGCACACCUGAAACAGAGAAACAGCUUUGGGGAGAAGUUCUGGUUUGGUCUGGAAUGCCACUCAGCCAAAGCAUACUAGCCUGUGGUUUCCCAUAGUAAUCAAUGAGAACGUAUGUAGCCCUGGUCCUCACACACUGCGUUUCUCUCCUUCCCUCUUGCUUUUUUGGCCACUUCCUCAUAUCUAUACAUAGAGGUUCUGAUUCCAUCUGCUUCCUCUUUGACUACAUGUUUCUUUGGAAGACCGUGGAUUAUGAAGAAUGUUCGUAGCACAGGGAUGCUACCAACUUUGCAGCUUGUGACGUAUCUGGUAAAUCAUAGCCAAUCAUUUUUAAUCUUCAUUCCUAAGAUCUUGUAUUCUUCAGAAGCAUUUACCCCAAAAAAGAACUGACUUGCAGACGUUCGCGGUGCACAAGGUGACGUCGGCACCGUCGAUGCUAACUGUUGUUACAUUACGCUUCUCCGGCAGGGAUCCAAAACGUCUGCUCUCAGCAUAGAUACGCUCUCCUCCGCUUCCCUUCCGGGAGGCCUGCAAAGAACGAAAUCCUCUCUCAGGCCAAGAGUGACGCACCCCGCUUGUCUUACAAUCGAAACGGUGAUUAAACAAUCAGCUCAGAGAACGUCUGCUCUCAUUACACACCACGGAGCCUCUCCUUUUGAGCUGAGGACCCCGACGUGUUCGCAUAAAUGCAGCAGACUGGAAAAAAUGCUUUGUUCUUCGUGAUGACUAGAGGUCUCUAUCUAUUGCAUUCCAGUAUUAUCAGUGAUUGUGUGCAUCCCAUCCUGAGCAAAGCCCUCACUCCUCACAGCUUUCCUGGACUGGCUACUGUUAACCAGCACCAAAGUCACGUUAACCCAUCGCUGGUUGCCGACUACUCCAGCCUGAACCUUGAGGAGGGCGGAAAGCCAGCGUGGUUCUCCAGGUUGGGGGACGAGGUGAUGUCUGGGUCCUCCUUCAUUCACUUCAUUCAUUCUUCUUUGCUCAGUUACCAAAUUAAAGCAAUAGGUCUGUGUGUGUGGCUGUGCUGCUGGGUUCAGCCUCUGUAUAGGUAUAAGGUCUGAUUUGGUUUUAACCAUAGCAUUUAGGUGCGAUUCAGGCUUUUGGUAAUGGGACCCACUGAUUGACAGCGGUCCUACACAAACAAAGCACGCCUUUGACAAAUCUCUGUAGAUAAAAGUGCUCCAUUUUGAUUUUCCCUCUCACUGGUUCUGAGUCUUAUUUGAAAUGGAUUUACUCAAGUGCGUCUCCAAGAGAGGCUUGACAAUAAUAGAGUUGUGAUCAUUAUCGAGUCGUCUCCUGCUCUGUCUCCCAUUUGAACAUCCUCGGCCUCCAUCCUCCGCUUUUGUACUAGAAUAUUCUUAAUCCAGUGGAUUAUACGACAGCCUGGUGUUGCACAUAGAAGUUGUCACUCAUUGAUUUCACACUGACGUAUAAAUAGGAGUCACAGUACAGCAGAUGCUUUUGUUUUAAUGAAGGGAAUAUGUUUGAAGUGUUGUUGGUGUUUAAUGGUGGGAGCAAGAAAAAAACUGACUUGCAUUUUUAACUCUGUUUACAAAUUAGCCAAUAUGAAUGCUGCAGUUUUCUCCUUCUGACCGAUGUUUAUCCUUGUCACUGAAAAAAAUCCAAAAGGGUAAAAUGAAAAUAAGUGCAAUUAGACCAUGUGUAAAAUAAUUUUAGGAGGCUGGUAAUCAGAAAGCAUUCCUCACAGACAUUCCCAUCACCAUGUGUAAAUCACUUCUGACCUGGACGUUUGUUGGCGUUUUUAUGUUGGUGCUGUACCUGCAAUUUUUUUACCUAGCUCUUUCAUCAGCACCAACAGUGGUUGUGGUUGUGUGUGUGUGUCUCUGUCCUCCUUGCUGCUCUUAGCAGCUGCCAUGUGGGUCUAGUCUGCUCUCAUCCUCUGUCUGAACAGGUUCAUGUUUUAAGGUUUGUCACGUGUAAUCAACUCUGAGUCUACACGCUUCACGUGACGCUAAAACAACAGGAAGCCCUAUUGAUUUUAAACUGGGCUCACGUUAGCAUGACGUCUUUUUACAACUUAUUAAAAUACCUAAUAGCUCCUAAUGUGCAUGUGCCCUUCGUAAUAAUUAUAAUUUAGGACUUGAAAAGCCUGAACCUGUUCUUUGAUGAGCUUCGCAGAGAGAGAGAGAACAGCUUGACUCGUCACACGCUCGCUUCACUGAGGCACAUCAUGCUGUAAGCAAUACAGUUGAGGUGUUGAGCGUUUCCUGUGGUCCCAGCGUUCUCUAUGCAGUACACUCAGUGUUGUGGCCUGUGCAGCAGGUCGCUCGAUGCAGCCAUUUCACACUGAUGUCUGGUUGAUGAAUACAAACCAGUAUUAAGUGUGGUCCUUGUCGAUUUCUUUGCCCGGUGCUCACCCUAUCUUUUUACAGCACACUGAAGACGACUUUCAUUGUCCACCCAUCGCACCACAGUAAAAGCCAAAUAUCUCAAGCCGAGCGUCGACCUUCAGGGGUUAUUCUGGCACAGAUGCCAAACCUUGUGUCGGGUGGUGGAGUGUUCACGAUGGUCCGUGAGUGGUGCGAGCAGCGCCACAGAGAGCAUCCUGUGCAGCCGUGGUUCUGUUAGAUUGUGUGCCGCCUGAUGCCGGAAGGAUCCGCAUCACUCAUAGUCUAUUGCUGUAAGUAAUUGCACUAAAUGCCCUCCUUUACAGUGUUUAAGAUGGAUUGCUAAAUGUAGGAGGCUGAUGUAAAGCACACACAGAGAAAUCGCAAGUAGUGUUUCUGUAGAUAGGUGGCGAUCUUUUUCUGUACAGCUGUUUCUGAUGCUUGUCGAUAAUGCCUUAAACUGUACAACGGGAGCCUGAAGCGGCAGAAAGGAUGCUCCUGGUCGACCCGGCGUUCCCUUCGCCAGCCCGAUCACAACACGAAGCCUCCAGGCCGCCGUCGAACCUGGCAGCAGAAAUUCAAGUGGAGACUUCUCUUGGCUUCAGACGCUCCAGCUCUGAAACCUGCAGCUUCUUCUUUUGUGUUGUUGUUUUGGACUUUUUCCCUUUUCUGUUCCGUUACAGACACCCUUCAUGCCUAACGUUUAAUAGCCGAUGUUUGUCCAACGCAUGGAUGUGAAAUGAUGGAAGCUCUUUCUCUGCACUUUUUAUGAUGCCAAGAGGUUCAGCGAAUCCAUUAAUCACACAAACACACACACACUUCUAUCGUUGCACAGUAUUUUGUUUACUCCUAGUGGCUUGUGUUGUGUUUUUUCGUGCGUCCUCUGUUCAGCAGAGGCUGGGUUGUUAUAAAAGGGGACAGGCGCCACCGCUCUCAUAGCUUUCCAUUAGUGCUGGUGUUAUGGCUCGUGCUUGUGACGUUGGCAGAGAGGACUCGGACUCUCUGGGAACUACUUCCUGUCGUUUGAUCUGGUGAACUCAGAACAGUUGUGGCGUUGCUGAUGUAUUGAAUCAGGAGAACGAGAACGGUUUAAAGUUUUAAUGAAGUCUGUGUAUUUCCAGAUGUGACAUUGUACUUUUGGCACAAGGUGACACCGCUUUUUUAUGUGACAUAUAACUAAAAACAAAACAAAAACAGUAUCUUUUUUUUUAAAUGCCUAAAUCUGCAAAAUAUAUGCAAUGAUGUAAAUGUAACAUUCAAUCCUCAAGUAUAAUCCAGGUUGUAUGAACUUUGUAUAGUGAGUUUUAAUAUCGUAUGGCUGUACCAAUACGUAUUGAUCUUUAUCAGAAGCCUUAGCGUUGUCAACCCAAAGUGCUCCCUUAGAAUACCCUACACCUACCUGACUUUAACAAAGCAUUAAUAUCUCUAUUUUGUUGCAAUUUUAUUUGUACCUUUUUUGAAUAAAAUAGAUUUGUACUGUAUAUUUGUACCUCUCUGUGAACUACUUAGGGCAGUUUUGUUUUCGUUUUGCUGUUUUAAUUCAAUGUACUUUAAGGACACAAAGAUAUUGUAUUUUUAUUGUUACAGCUAACUUGGAGAGACUUGCAUUUAUCAUGUUUGUUAAGUAAACACAAUAUAAUAUAUAUAUAUAUAUAUAUAUAUACAUACAAAUAUAAAUAUGAGCUAUUAUCCAA